AUGGACGGCGCCGCCAACUGGCGCCCCACGCUGGGGGACGGCCCUGCCGCCAUCGCUGACGCCGGUGGCGUCGACCCUAACGCGGCUGCCCCCGCCGGAGGCGACUGGCGCACCCAGCUUCAGCCCGAGGAGCGCAACAGCAGCCCCCCCCCCCUAAUGGAGACUCUGAAGAAGCAUCUGCCAGUAUCAGUGCCAGAGGGGCUGGGUGAGCUUCACAAAAUUGCCGUGCGAUUUGAAGAGAAAAUCUAUACUGCAGCCAUCAACCAGUGCUUUAGCAGCUUAUCUUCUACUUUAGUUGUUGCUCUACUUUAUGCUUUAGCUGGUAGCUUUAGUUCAUCUGCGGAUUCCACUGCUCAAAUUGGUUUUCCAGGCACAGGUGAUUUGCAAGAGGAGUUAUAUCAAAUGAUUAAGAGCUUAAAGGACCAAUACUUUGUGGAAUUGAAUGAUUUGUAUAAUAAGAUAUCCAUCAAGAUACAACAUAUUGACAACCAAAUGCCUUCUCAAAAGUCAGCAGAGCAGUAUGAAAAGAUGAAGGGCUUUAAAGUAAUGUUGGAGCGCGCGUUGCAUUUCCUGCAAGUUAACAAGAGCAGCAUUCAGCCAGGUUUUAGGGAAAAAAUCCCUAUUUACGAGAGGCAAAUUCUCAGUAUCCUAAGUUCACAAAGAAGGAAGCCUGUGCAGGCACCUGGACUGCAAACGUUUCAGCACUCUGCAUCUGUGGAUUCCACUGCUCAAACUGGUCAUCCAGGCGCAGGUGAUCUGCAAGAGGAGUUAUAUCAAAUGAUUAAGAGAUUAAAGGACCAAUAUUUUGUGGAAUUGAAUGAUUUGUACAAUGAGAUAUCCAUCAAGAUACAACAUAUUGACAACCGCAUGCCUUCUCAAAAGUCAGCAGAGCAGUAUGAGAAGAUGAAGGGCUUUAAAGUAAUGUUGGAGCGCACGUUGCAUUUCCUGCAAGUUAACACGAGCAGCAUUCAGCCAGCAUCUGUGGAUUCCACUGCUCAAACUGGUCAUCUAGGCACAGGUGAUUUGCAAGAGGAGUUAUAUCAAAUGAUUAAGAGCUUAAAGGACCAAUACUUUGUGGAAUUGAAUGAUUUGUACAAUAAGAUAUCCAUGAAGAUACAACAUAUUGACAACCACAUGCCUGCUCAAAAGUCAGCAGAGCAGUAUGAAAAGAUGAAGGGCUUUAAAGUAAUGUUGGAGCGCACAUUGCAUUUCCUUCAAGUUAACAAGCCAGGUUUUAGGGAAAAAAUCCCUAUUUACGAGAGGCAAAUUCUCAGUUUCCUAAGUUCACAAAGAAGGAAGCCUGUGCAGGCGCCUGGACUGCAAACGUUUCAGCAGUCUGGUGGGCAAGCUUCUAGCUCAAACAUUUCACAGCAACAUCAAACCUCCCAAGGUUUGCAGCAGCAUGAUAGUCAUACUGAUCAGAAGCCUCAAGCAAGUUUACCAAGUUGA